AGAAAGACCAAGAAAAAGCAAAUCCUACAGAGGAGGACCUGAGCAGCCAGCUCUAAGGUGCAACCUGGACCUUAGAGCAGGAACUCAGACCUUAGACCAGCAGGAACUGGGACCUGAGACCAGCACGACCUCGGACCUUAGACCAGAAGAAACUCGGACUCGAGACCAGCGGGAACUCGGACCUUGCACCAGAAGAAACUCGGACCGUAGACCAGCAAGAACCCUGACCUUAGACCAGCGUGAUGGACUCUUCCCUGAAGCUGCUUGUGCUGGUCCUGCUGGGACGUCAAGUGCCAGAAGCGCUGACUCUGCACAUGUGUGACGUCAUGCACGACAUCCAGCUGCAACGUCAGCGCUGCGAGAACAGCACGUCGGAGAACGUCACUUCAGGUGAGUGUGGAGGCGAGUGGGACAUGGCGGCCUGCUGGCCGUCAGCCCAGGUGGGACAGGUGGUGACCAUCGCAUGCCCCGCCUACUUCAGCUACUUCAGCGAGCAGCACAAAGCAGGUAACCUCUCCAAGACGUGUACGGCAGACGGCUGGACUGAGAUGCGCCCGCUGGACAUCGCCUUGAACUGCGGCUACAACAUCAACAGCACCAGUGAUGAGGGCAAGUUUUUCUGGCAAGUGAAGAUCGGCUACACCGUCGGUCACAGCGUCUCCCUCGUCUCUCUCACCACCGCCAUCGCCGUCCUCUGCAUCUUCAGGAAGCUGCACUGCACGAGGAACUACAUCCACUUGCACCUGUUUGUCUCCUUCGUCCUCAAGGCCAUCGCCGUCCUCAUCAAGGAUGUUGUCCUGUACGAGGUCGGGGAGGUGGACAACUGCACGUCAGGCUCGGUGGGCUGCAAGGUGGCGAUGGUGUUCUUCCAGUAUGCCAUCAUGGCGUCCUUCUUCUGGCUGCUGGUAGAAGGCCUCUACCUUCACGCCCUGCUGGCCGUCUCCUUCUUCUCGGAGAGGAAGUACUUCUGGGCGUACAUUCUCAUCGGCUGGGGUGAGGACGUCCUCACCGUCUUCACCGACUACACGUCCUCGUCGCCACGCUCCUCAUCCGCGCUUACUAGCUUCAUGUGUCGUCUCUCAGGGGGGCCCGCCGUCUUCAUCGCAGCCUGGAGCGUCGCCAAGGCCUACUAUAACGAUGUCGGCUGCUGGGACAUCAUCGAGACCAGCGACGUCUUCUGGUGGAUCAUCAAAGCUCCAAUCCUGGCAUCUAUCUUGAUGAACUUCAUGCUCUUCAUCUGCAUCAUCAGAAUUCUGCGCCAGAAGAUCAACUGCCCGGACAUCGGGAGGAACGAGUCCAAUCAGUACUCGAGGUUAGCAAAGUCCACGCUGCUCCUCAUUCCUCUGUUUGGCAUCAACUUCAUCGUCUUUGCUUUCAUUCCGGAACAAGUCAAGACUCAAAUCCGACUGGUCUUUGACUUGAUUCUGGGCUCCUUCCAGGGCUUUGUGGUGGCCGUGCUCUACUGCUUCCUCAACGCAGAGGUGCAAGGUGAGCUGAGGAGGAAGUGGCGACGCUGGCACCUUCAGCGUCACGUGACGGCCGACAGCAAGUCCCAGCAGCCCAGCAGCAACUUCAGCACACAGAUCAGCCUGCUGACACGCUGCAGCCCCAAGAGCAGGCGCGCCUCCUCCUCCAAUCACCAGCACAUGUCCCGCCUCUAGUUAGUAUGGGCUGAGUGGCUUAAAGGGUUCCUGGUUCGAGCCCCAGCUUCUACCAACCUCCUCACGUCCGUUGUGUCCUUGAGCAAGACACGUGGUUUGGACCUCGCAUGGCAGCUCCCGCCAUCAGUGAGUGAGCAAGUGAAUGUGUGUGUGAAUGGCUGAAUGUGGAAGUAGUGUCAAAGCGCUUUGAGGAUCUUGAAGGUAGAAAAGUGAUAUACAAAUAUAAGCCAUUUACCAAUAAUAUUUAUAUUAAUAUCGUUAUUAUAUCAACACAUGUCCCGCCUCUAAUUAUCAUCAUUAUUAAUAUUAUAUCACCAACAUAUGUCCUGCCUGGAAUUAUUAAUAAUAUGUAUAUUAAUAUUAUUAUAUCACCAACAUAUGUCCCGCCUUUAAUUAUUAAUAAUAUUGAUAUUAUUAUUAAUAAUAUGUUUAUUAAAAUUAUAUAACCAACACAUGUCCCGCCUCUAAUUAUUAAUGAUAUUUAUAUAAAAAUUCAUUUAACAACAAAUGUCCUGCCACUAAUUAUCAUCAUUGUUGUUAUUAUUAAUAUAAUUAUAUCACCAACACAUUUUCCGCCUCUAAUUACCAUCAUUAUUAACAUUAUUAUUAUAUCACCAACACAUGUCCUGCCUGUAAUUAUUAUCAAUAUUAAUAUUAAUAUUAUUAAAAUCACCAACACAUUUCCCACAUAUAAUUAUCAUCAUCAUUAUUAUUAAUAAUAUUUUUAUAUCACCAACUAAUGUCCUCCCUUUAAUUAUCAUCAUUAUUAUAUUAAUAUUAUUACAUCACCAACACAUUUCUCAGCAUUAAUUAUCAACAUUAUUAGUAUUAUUAAUGUUAUUAUUAUAUCACCAACACAUGUCUCACCGCAAAUUUUCAUCAUCAUUAUAUUAUUGUUAUAACUAUUAUUAAUGUUAAUGAAACAACAAGGCAUGUCCCACCUUUAAUAAUCAUCAAUAUUAUUAUUAUUAAUGUUAUUAUUAAUACUGUUAGUGUUAUCGUUGAUAUUAUUAUUAGUCCGUCCGUCACUCAAAGCUUUCUCCUUUUGAAUGUCCAAAGUCAAUCAAUCCAUAUGAAUGCGUCCUUGUUUCCCCAUUCCGUUUGAGUGCGUCUUUUCUUGGUUUCCCAUUCCGUUUGAGUGCUGUCUUUUGUUUGUUUCCCAUUCCAUUUGAGUGCUAUCUUUUGUUCGUUUUCCAUCCGGUUUGAGUGUGUCUUUUGUUUGUUUCCCAUUCCAUUUGAGUGUGUCUUUUGUUUGUUUCCCAUUCCAUUUGAGUGCUGUCUUUUGUUCGUUUUCCAUCUAGUUUGAGUGAGUCCUUUCUUUGUUUCCCAUGCCCUAUGAGUGUGUCUUUUGUUUGUUUCCCAUACCCUAUGAGUUUUUCUUUGGUUUGUUUCCCAUUCUGUUUCAGUGCACCUUUUGUUUUUGUCCCAUUCAGUUUGAGUGUGUCUUUUGUUUGUUUCCCAUUCCAUUUGAGUGCUAUCUUUUGUUCGUUUUCCAUCCGGUUUGGGUGUGUCUCUUCUUUGUUUGCUGUUCCGUUUAAGUUCGUCUUUUGUUUGUUUCCCAUUCCGUUUGAGUGUGUCUUUUGUUUGUUUCCCAUUCCGUUUGAGUGCUAUCUUUUGUUCGUUUUCCUUCCGGUUUGAGUGUGUCUCUUCUUUGUUUGCUGUUCCGUUUGAGUGCGUCUUUUCUUUGUUUCCCAUACCGUAUGAAUGCGUCCUUGUUUCCCAUUCCAUUUGAGUGCAGUCUUUUGUUCGUUUCCCACCCGGUUUUGAGUGUGUCUUUUGUUUGUUUCCCAUUCCAUUUGAGUGCUAUCUUUUGUCCGUUUUCCAUCCGGUUUGAGUGUGUCUCUUAUAUGUUUGCUGUUCCUUUUGAGUGCGUCUUUUGUUUGUUUCCCAUUCCGUUUGAGUGCUAUCUUUUUGUUUGUUUUCUGUUUCGUUUGAGUGCGUCUUUUAUUUGUUUCCCAUUCCAUUUGAGUGCUAUUUUUUUGUUCGUUUCCAUCCGGUUUGAGUGUGUCUCUUCUUUGUUUGCUGUUCCGUUUGAGUGUGUCUUUUGUUUGUUUCCCAUUCCAUUUGAGUGCUGUUUUUUGUUCGUUUUCCAUCCGGUUUGAGUGUGUCUCUUCUUUGUUUGCUAUUCCGUUUGAGUGUGUCCUUUGUUUGUUUCCCAUUCCGUUUGAGUGCGUCUUUUGUUUGUUUCCCAUUCCAUUUGAGUGCUAUCUUUUGUCCGUUUUCCAUCCGGUUUGAGUGUGUCUCUUAUAUAUUUUCUGUUCCUUUUGAGUGCGUCUUUUGUUUGUUUCCCAUUCCGUUUGAGUGCGUCUUUUAUUUGUUUCCCAUUCCAUUUGAGUGCUGUCUUUUGUUCGUUUUCCAUCCGGUUUGAGUGUGUCUCUUCUUUGUUUGCUAUUCCGUUUGAGUGUGUCUUUUGUUUGUUUUCCAUUCCGUUUGAGUGCGUCUUUUGUUUGUUUCCCAUUCCAUUUGAGUGCUAUCUUUUGUCCGUUUUCCAUCCGGUUUGAGUGUGUCUCCUAUAUAUUUUCUGUUCCUUUUGAGUGCGUCUUUUGUUUGUUUCCCAUUCCGUUUGAGUGCGUCUUUUAUUUGUUUCCCAUUGCAUUUGAGUGCUGUCUUUUGUUCGUUUUCCAUCCGAUUUGAGUCCGUUUUUGUUUGUUUCCCAUUCCGUUUGAGUGCGUCUCUUAUUUGUUUCCCAUUCCAUUUGAGUGCUAUCUUUUGUUCGUUUUCCAACCGGUUUGAGUGUGUCUCUUCUUUGUUUGCUGUUCCGUUUGAGUGCGUCUUUCCUUUGUUUCCCAUGCCGUUUGAGUGUUGUCUUUUGUUUGUUUACUAUUCCAUAUGAAUGCGUCCCUGUUUCCUAUUCCGUUUGAGUGCUGUCUUUUGUUCGUUUUCCAUCCGAUUUGAGUCCGUUUUUGUUUGUUUUCCAUUCCACUUGAGUGCUGUCUUUUGUUCGUUUUCCAUCCGGUUUGAGUGUGUCUUUUGUUUGUUUGCUAUUCCAUUUGAGUGCGUCUUUUGUUUGUUUCCCAUUCCAUUUGAGUGCUGUCUUUUGAUCGUUUUCCAUCCGGUUUGAGUGUGUCUUUUCUUUGUUUGCUAUUCCGUUUCAGUGCGUCUUAUGUUUGUUUCCCAUUCCAUUUGAGUGCUAUCUUUUGUCCGUUUUCCAUCCGGUUUGAGUGUGUCUCUUAUAUGUUUUCUGUUCCUUUUGAGUGCGUCUUUUGUUUGUUUCCCAUUCCAUUUGAGUGCGUCUUUUAUUUGUUUCCCAUUCCAUUUGAGUGCUAUCUUUUUGUUCGUUUUCCAUCCGGUUUGAGUGUGUCUCUUCUUUUUUUGCUGUUCCGUUUGAGUGCAGUCUUUUGUUCGUUUCCCACCCGGUUUGAGUGUGUCUUUUGUUUGUUUCCCAUUCCGUUUGAGUGCGUUUUUUGUUCGUUUCCCAUUCCAUUUGAGUGCUAUCUUUUGUUUUUUUUUCCAUAAGGUUUGAGUGUGUCUCUUCUUUGUUUGCUGUUCCAUUUGAGUGUGUCUUUUCUUUGUUUGCUAUUCCGUUUCAGUGCGUCUUAUGUUUGUUUCCCAUUCCAUUUGAGUGCUAUCUUUUGUCCGUUUUCCAUCCGGUUUGAGUGUGUCUCUUAUAUGUUUUCUGUUCCUUUUGAGUGCGUCUUUUGUUUGUUUCCCAUUCCGUUUGAGUGCGUCUUUUGUUUGUUUCCCAUUUCGUUUGAGUGAGUCUUUUAUUUGUUUCCCAUUCCAUUUGAGUGCUAUCUUUUGUUCGUUUUCCAUCCUUUUUGAGUGCGUCUUUUGUUUGUUUCCCAUUUCGUUUGAGUGAGUCUUUUAUUUGUUUCCCAUUCCAUUUGAGUGCUAUCUUUUUGUUCGUUUUCCAUCCGGUUUGAGUGUGUCUCUUCUUUGUUUUCUAUUCCGUUUGAGUGCGUCUUUUGUUUGUUUCCCAUUGCAUUUGAGUGCUAUUUUUUUGUUCGUUUCCAUCCGGUUUGAGUGUGUCUCUCCUUAGUUUGCUGUUCCGUUUGAAUGCUUCUUUUGUUUGUUUCCCAUUCCAUUUGAGUGCUAUCGUUUGUCUGUUUGCCUUCCAGUUUGGGUGUCUCUCUUCUUUUUUUGCUGUUCCGUUUGAGUGCAGUCUUUUGUUCGUUUCCCACCCGGUUUGAGUGUGUCUUUUGUUUGUUUCCCAUUCCGUUUGAGUGCGUUUUUUGUUCGUUUCCCAUUCCAUUUGAGUGCUAUCUUUUGGUUUUUUUUCCAUAAGGCUUGAGUGUGUCUCUUCUUUGUUUGCUGUUCCAUUUGAGUGCGUCUUUUGUUUGUUUCCAAUUGCAUUUGAGUGCUAUCUUUUGUUCGUUUUCCAUCCGGUUUGAGUGUGUCUCUUCUUUUUUUGCUGUUCUGUUUGAGUGCAGUCUUUUGUUCGUUUCCCACCCGGUUUGAGUGCGUCUUUUGUUUGUUUCCCAUUCCAUUUGAGUGCUAUCUUUUGUUUUUUUUCCAUAAGGUUUGAGUGUGUCUCUUCUUUGUUUGCUGUUCCAUUUGAGUGCGUCUUUUGUUUGUUUCCAAUUGCAUUUGAGUGCUAUCUUUUGUUCGUUUUCCAUCCGGUUUGAGUGUGUCUCUUCUUUUUUUGCUGUUCUGUUUGAGUGCAGUCUUUUGUUCGUUUCCCACCCGGUUUGAGUGCGUCUUUUGUUUGUUUCCCAUUCCAUUUGAGUGCUAUCUUUUGUUUUUUUUCCAUAAGGUUUGAGUGUGUCUCUUCUUUGUUUUCCAUCCGAUUUGAGUCCGUUUUUGUUUGUUUUCCAUUCCACUUGAGUGCUGUCUUUUGUUCGUUUUCCAUCCGGUUUGAGUGUGUCUUUUCUUUGUUUGCUAUUCCGUUUGAGUGCGUCUUUUGUUUGCAUCCCAUUCCAUUUGAGUGUUGUUUGGUCCUAUUCCGUUUGAAUGCGUCCUUGUUUCCCAUUCUGUUUGAGUGCUGUCUGUAGCUGAAAUAUGAAAUAUUUGUUAGUUUGCGUGCAGCUGGGCAGGGACAACCGACAGGAGGGUCCACUCCGCUCUCGCAUGUUUGUUAUUGAAUAAACACGGACAAAUGAUAAAGCGGGACAAGUGAUCGAUGACGGCAAAACUUCAUUUUCGUUUAUUGAUUUUUUUUCAUUGAUUGUUGAUUGUUUCCAUGACAACCCAGCAGAGAAACAACUUGUGGCGUUUUUCCUGUGUCCAGUGUGUACAGUACGUGUUGUGACUAGUAUUAAUGUAAAUAAUUAUUACGGCUCCUCGUGGUAAAGUUGUUGAAGAGCUCUAAGUGUACUUUGUGUAUUCACCACUCACACACUUUAAAUGUGCUUUUUUCAGAGUAAAAAUGGCAGGAAAAUAA